AUAUAUAUAUAUAUAUAAUUUUCCGGGGUCUCGUUGCGAUCUUUCUGCAGACUGCGGCCGGCCUCUGGUGGUCACUCUCGCGCUGUCUGGAUUCACGCAGUACUCUCUCAUUGCCAUCUGUUCCUCCACCUCAACCUCUCUCUAUCUUUCUAUUUAUCGUCGCCAUCCAAUCUUUGUGUCGCCCCUCAGUCUCGCCUUUGGACAGAACCAAUCUCUCCGCCUCUCAACCUCGCCGCUGCACAGAAGCAAUCCGCUGCCCCUCAUCCUUCCCGCAUCACAGAAGCAAUCUAUCGCAGGAUUGGUUUCUAUCAGGUCACACAAACAGAGUUAGAAGCUGAACAUCACCCAGCUUCAAUGGGCUGUGAUAGUGUUUCUCAGGAUCAGAAAAAACGCACUUUGGAGGCAUUGGAGAGAAGGUUUGCUGUAGCCAAAGCUGAGCUAAUUCAGCAACAAAAGAAAACCCAAAAACAGGAAGAUAGAAAAGAAAAUAACAAUACCACCAACUCCCUUUCCUCUGUUGCUCCUCCUGUGCAUUUUCCACCUUCUCCAAUCACUCCCUUCUUGAAUAGCUUGUCAAAAAAAGAUCUCGAGGAAAAUGGUCCGGCAUAUUCUCAGCUCUCCCAUCCUGUACAUGAGAACCUGUUGACAACAAGUGUCAAGUUUCAAAGUAAAAGAGGAAGCAUGGCGGACAUGAUAUUGCAUGAACUUCUUCAACAUGGUGAUUCUGCCCAAAAAUACAUACAAGGAUCCAGAGGCAAAAAAAUUGACAAUUGGAUCCUUCUUGAUAAUUAUGCACAAGGACGUGGCAAAUCUACCAGCUCUCAUAUUAGAGCUUUGAAAGCCCACUCAAGGCGCUCUAAAAGGCACAUGUCUAUGAAGCAACAUAAAAAAUGUGGAUCUUUUGUUCUGCCCCAAGAUCUCCAAAAGUUUGCUGUUUUUAAGCCAAUGCAUGAGAUGUGGAAAGGCUACAUGAUGCAGCUUCUCAAAAAUACUGGGACAAAUCAAUUGGCUCAGUGUCUUCUUAGUGCUGAUCUACAUGGUGCUGUUAUUCUGGUUGCUCAGUGUAAGGUAGCAUCUUUCACUGGAAUUAGUGGUAUAAUGAUUCGCGAAACAGCAGAAACAUUUGGGAUAAUAGCACAAGAUGACAAAUUUUGGGUAGUGCCCAAAAAGUUUUCUGUUUUCAUAUUCCAAGUUGAUUGCUGGAAGAUCACAUUGCAAGGAGACAAACUGACCUCAAGAAAUUUGGGCUUGUCAUAGUCAUAUUUCUAUUUAAUCUCAGGAAUCUUGUUCGUGGUAACCCAAAAUAGUUUUUAUUCCAAUUGUAUCUUGCUAGAACUUAACUGAAACAAAAAGGGAAAAAAAAGGCUGAGAACUAGGUUCUCAGAAAAUUUUGUGAUACAAUACAGAAUGAAGGUUGGAUUUUUUUAUUGUAAGCUUUUUUGCUGUAUAGCAUUUGAACUAUUAUAUAUAUGGUAUUAAGUUGGCAAUAUUCUCAAA